AUGACGAGUGUUGCAGACUUCAAGCUGGCCUCAUUGGCCGUUGGCUUUACACUCGGUUUCGGGGUACUCACUGUGUGGACUGCUAUCAAGCAAACCAGGGCGGUUCGAUCACCACUUCACAGUGUUUAUAUCUUUAUGGUGUGGGGAGAGAUCUUUGCCAAUGCUGCUGCUAUGAUCGUCGUAUGGAUUUUCCUCGAAGGGUACAUCAAGCCUGGUAUACCGGUCUACUUUGGCCUGCUCGUUCUCUGGAGUUUCGAGGUUCAGCUGCUCUUGCAAAUCAUCGUCAAUCGGAUUGCUAUCGUUGUAGACGAUGAUCGACUCGUGUGGAAGCUCAAAUGGGGAACCGCCUUGAUAAUCACACUGGUCAAUAUCGCAGUGUUCUGCAUUUGGAUCCUAGCCCAUUCGCCUCCUUAUCAUCCGAUGUUAGUACUCUUACACGGUGUCCUCUUCCAAACUAACAUAUUAAGUUUCGUGGAAAUCAACAAGUACUGGGACAGAUGUUCCAAAAUCAUUAUUAUGAUUGUAGACGCAGGACUAAAUUACUUUUUCCUCCGCACUGUGCAAAAAAGUCUUGUAAAAUACCACGGUCUUACGAAAUACGCACCACUCGUCAGCUUCAACGCGAAGCUCAUGGUGGUCUCUGUAGCCCUGGAUCUAAUGCUCGUGUGCCUCAUAUCCCUCAAGAACGGACUCGUGUACACGCAAUUCCACCAGGUCGCCUACGUGGUCAAACUCAAUAUCGAAAUGUCGAUGGCUGAUCUAAUCAGGAAGCUCGCACGGAAGUCAAUCGAAGUACACAAUAACGAAUUUAUCGCUGGGCACUCAUCAACCUUCAACCAGACCAACAACCAAUCAGAUUACCAUCGUUCGCACAUUCAAUCCAUGGGCGCCCAUAAUGCGAUUCAGAUGCAGGCCGGCGUGAAUGCGAGUGCUGUGCAAAGCAAGAUGCGAGGAAGUGAAGAUGGGCAGCAUGAGUGUGCGGGGAUCAGGACGCUGAAGGAGGUUAACGUUACAGUGGAGAAUGUUAAGACGUCGGACAUAGUUUGGAGGAAGAGUGGGAGUGAGAGUGGAGGGGAUGUGGAAGAUGGGUUUCAGAGGAAGUCUAGUAAAGGGUCUGGGAGUGAGGAUGAGCUUCCUUUAGAGCCGGUGCCGAAGGCGAAGUUUUCGGAGUGGAAGAACUAA